AUGAAUUCCUCUUCACGCUUGACUCCAUCAAGCUCAAGAAGCUGCAGAGAAGCGCAAGAAGCGGGAGACUCAAGAAGCCAUGAAGCUCCUGGAAGAGGACAAGCAGCAGAAGACAGUCUUCGAUUCAAGCCUGAAACAGACGGUCAAAAGCAUCUUGAGAUUGAAGGUGCGAGUCUUAAACCUAAGGUGGCCUUCCAGAACCGAGAACAUAGGCUGAUUCUUGGGUUUCCACUGAAUGUAUCUUAAAGAGCUAAUUCUACUAGGAGCAAACGAUUGUAGGUUCCACCUUUGGUGGUUUCUUAACCCCAUUCGGGUAAUCGCAUUGCUAAAUUUCAGUUCCAUGUGAUCGUCGCAACUACCACAUAUACCACUCGAGGGAGUUGAUGAAAAUUGUAUGCACGUCCUGGUUUGUGAAUUCCAAUUCUAAUGUGUUCCUUGAAUACAUCGAACCAAUGUGGUUGUUUUCAUAGCUGAUUGCAGGCCUUUCAAAAAUUAGGGGUCCAUACUCCAUGCCAACACAUAAACCCAACGACCACGUAAUCGUGCAUCGGACUACAUUGUAUUUGUUGCAUUUUCUUCCAUUAAAUGCUAGAAACACAUUUGGUGUAUAAUUCUUUUGGUUUUAUGAUUUAUUUGACACUUUCUAUUUUAUAAGAGUUUAAAUUUGAAAUUAGAACUCGAGUAACAAUGAGUUGUCCAAAACUUUGUUAUACUUAAA